AUCAUCCGCAUAGUGCGGAGCAACAGUAUCGAGGGCCUGAGCGUCCCAUCGUUCGAGAUGGAGUGUGUGGGCUACACCAUCUCGCUGCUCUUCUGCUGGACGCGCCGCGUGCCCUUCAGUGCUUAUGGCGAGCUCUUCUUCCUCGUACUCCAGUCGCUCAUUCUCAUGCUGCUGAUUUAUUUCCAUUCCCCAAGACUGGGCCGCCAGAGAUACCUGAGGGCCGGCAUCUACAUGGGCAUGGUAGCACUCCUCCUGUCACCAGCCAUGCGCCCCGACUGCUUCGAAGCGCUCUAUAACGGGCAGACGGCUCUUUUCACACUCUCAAGACUACCGCAGAUGUGGCAAAACUUUGUGUCCGCCAGCACGGGUCAGCUGUCUCUCACCACCAGUGCCAUGAGCGCAGCAGGGUGUGCAGCCCGAUUCUUCACCAGCAUACAAGAGAGAGCGCCUUUCAGCA